GUUUGAGCGCACGUGUGAGUGAAAACACAAAGAAGCGCUGUUUGUUGUUAGCAUGGUUAGCUCAGUUAGCAUGGGUAGCAUCCAAGCAAGAAGAGGAUGAAAUUCUAAAACGUGAUAGAUUCACACAUGUCUGAGUACAUAACUACGGAGACUAACCAUAGUUUACGGUGGUAUUUACUUUAGUCUGACUUAAACAGCUCGUUUAGUAAAUAACGAACAAGGUGUAGUGUGAUCCAUUCUCUCCGCACUGAACACGGAUUGACCUGUGUCAAAAGGAUGUACCUGCCCUGAUGGCCUCGGAGGUGAACAUGUCCGGGAUGGGAGAGGUGGUGAUCGUUCUCCCGGAGGCUGUGAGAGGAGAGGUGCCUGGGGAGGAGGAGGAGGAGGAGAAGGUCUCUGCACAACUUGCAUCAAAGCCAAGUGAAGAGAUGCCCAUGGGGACCCCAGAGGAGGCCCAGGCUGACACCUCUGCUGCAGACUCUCUGUCAAAAGAGGCAGUCAUUGUGAAACUAUCCGAGGAGGUGGACACAGAGGCAGACGUCUUUUACUCCAUCACAUGUGGAGAUGCCAAAGCCACUCUUGUCUGGAAGAAAUUUGUCUGCCCAGGGAUCAAUGUGAAAUGUGUGCAGUUCAACUCACAGCUCAUCAGUCCCAAAGAGUUUGUGUGUUUAGCAGGGAAGUCCACUCUGAAGGACUGGAAGAGGGCCAUUCGCCUCAACGGCACCAUGCUAAGGAAAAUCAUGGACUCUGGAGAGCUGGACUUCUACCAGCAUUCCAAAGUUUGCUCCAACACGUGCCGCAGCACCAAGAUCGACCUGGUGGGAGCCAAAGUGUCCCUGAGUGUGGAUGGGGCCUCAGAACUGCUCCCAACCACCCCAGCAGCAGACUUGAAUGGAAUGGCUCUGUCGUUCUCAGAGUCCACAGAUGAAGCCUCAGAGUGGGUCACCGCCAUUGGAGAGGACUCGGUGGCCUUUUGGAAAGCAGUGAAAGAGGCGGGGAUGCUGGACGAGGUGGUCCUGGACUUUGAGAAGGAGCUCCAGGACAUUCUGAAGGGGCUGGAGGAGAGAGCCAAUGACCCGCCUCUGCAGGUCAAAGAUGCAGUGCUGCUGAAUAACAUUGUGCAGAACUUUGGGAUGUUGGACCUGGUGAAGAAGGUCUUGGCCAGUCACAAGAGCCAGAUGGACCGGUAUCGCGAGCAGUACACACGCAGCCUGGCAGCCCUGGAGCAGCAGUGUGAUGAGCAUCGGAAGAGGGCCAAAGAGCUGAAGAGUCGCUCCCAGCACCUCAAUAACGUGCUGAUGACACUGACCCCGGUGCCCUGCCCCCCGGUGGCCAAGCGUCCCCGCCUGACCCGUGCAGUGUCCGGGCCGGCUGCAGUGGGGGGCUCCCCGCAGCAGAUUAGCCUUCCUCUGAGCCAGCUGAGUGGACUGCCUCUUGGCAAAGUGCUGACGGUGGCUGGAACCCAGGCUGGCUCUGCUUUGGGGGGGUACACUCUGCUGACCUCCCCCCUGCCUGGCUCCGACUUGGGCUCCGAUGCCUCCAACUUGACGGUGCUCCAGGAUGGGGUGGUCAAAGUACUGGGGCCACAGUUUCAGCUGCUCACUCUGCCCACCACACUGCAGGGCCCCACUGUGGAGGCUCUGUCUGCAGAGCAGGCCCCGGGCUCCACGGCUGAGGGUCCUGAGGCUGAGGGUCCCACACAGGAGGACUUGGCACAAGAAAGCCCUGCUCCUCCUUCUGAGCAGACCGCAGAGGAGCAGCCUCUGUCCACUGCAGACUGACAGGACUUGCACUGACCCUUUCUGCUACACUGUCUGUGUGUGUUAUACUAUACUACCUUCAUUAAAGCUUAAUUUUGGACUGU